AUGUUGAAUCCAUAUUAUGAAACAACAUUAGUUUCCCAAUUACUUGAUUCAAUUAAUGAUCAUCUAAAAAUAAUCCAUUCUUCACAAAUGAAACAACAAGAAUCAUCUAUUGAUAACGAUAACGAUGAUGAUGAUCUUUGGCUUAGUGGUCAUCGAUCAAUAUUUUCAUCAUAUGGAAGUCCUUGUCGAAAAAUAAAAUCUUCAUUUCAUGAAAGUCAAUAUGAUGGUUUUCAUUGGGAUCUAUAUGGAAAUCAAAAUUAUCAUCAUCUUGCAUUUGAAUAUGACCAACAAAAUAUUUGUCCACCAACACAUCUGUCUGAAUGGUCAAUGCAUUUAGAUUCCGAUAAUAUUGAUGAUACAACAUUACCAUUGAAUACACGACAAACAUCAUGGCAAACGAUCAAAACAAAAUCUAUAAAUUUAAGUUGUUCAUCAACGAAUACAUCUAAUAGUGAUUAUUAUUCACCUAAUCCACUAACAUUAUAUCAUUUAUUUCAACGUACAAAAUCUCAACAACAUCCAUGUCGUUUAUAUGAAAAUUUUAGUGAUAAAAGUUUAUGUAAUUCAUUAACCUCAUCAUCAUCAUCGUCUUCCUCAAAUUCUCGUAAAAUUCCAAUACGAAAAAUUAAACUAAAAAGUCCAACAACUUUCUCUCAAUUAAAUCUAAUAAAUUCGAAACAAAUACAAUCAAAAAGUAAUGUUGAUCAAUGUCUACAAACAUCUCUUAUUCUUUGUGAUACAACUCAAGCUUCUGUCACUCAUUCAGAAAGUACUGAUCAUUUAUUAAAUCAUCCUCCUAGUCAAUCAUCUUUUAUAUCUCAUUAUUCACUGCCUGACCUUGAUUUUCUUACACAUUAUGCGAAAGAAAACCCACCACAAUUAUCAACACUAACUAAUCAAACAAAAUCCAUUUGUACACCGAUGAAAACUAUAUUAUCCGAACCAUUAUCAGACAUUAAAAAACCUACACGUACUGUUUUCUAUUGCAAUAUUAAGCUUCCUAAUCGACCUUCUACUUAUCAUCAUUCAACAUUAUCGAAAAAUAAAUUUGCUAAAUCUAAUCCAACAACGAUAUCUGCAGACGAAAAUGAAACAUUAUCAUCUUCUGUAUGUUCGAGUACAUCAAGUAGUGGUUAUUUUAGUAAUUGUUCAACAAAUCAAACACGUCAUAUUCAAACACCUUUAUCGUCCUGUCCUCUUAAAUCAUGUUUAAAACGUACGAAAAUCGAAGAAACAACUAGAGCAAAUGUUCUUGCUGUAGGUAUUGCUGGUGAUAUAUUUACAUUAGCUUCUGAACGUAUUCAUAAUAAAAAUGAUCGAUCAGAACAUCGACGUUAUUCAGCACCAACUACUAUUUCACAACAAGAAAAUCUUUCAUUAGAAACUAAAACAUGUACAUUAUCUGAACAUGAUCUUAGUGCAAAGAAGAGUGUUAGUUUUUCAAAUGAAAUUACUCGAAAAUUGAUCACACCAUCAAGUAGUCCAAAAUAUCACUAUGAUGAUUAUUAUGAUUUAAUACCACGUGAAAGUUUAACUGAUAGUCCUCCGAGUGAAUUUAAUUUUUCUGAUGAUGACGAUGAUGAUGAAGUUGAAGAACAUCUAGUAAAUUUUAUUGAAGAUACAUCACCAGAUGUAAUAAAACCGUUACCAAUUAAAAAAGGAAGUGAUAAAUAUCUAAUUGAUAUAUUUUCUAAUACAAUUCUUCGUAUAUUAGAAAUUAAAUGUAGUGAUUCAAAGUCUUAUUAUUUAAAUAAUCAAACUAAUCCUGAAUUAGAUCGAACACUUCGUCUAGAUUUUUGUCCUCUAUUACGUGAAGUACUUGAAGAUGGUUUACGACAACAUGCAGGUUCAUUAUUUUCAAGAAAAGUUAAUCUAUGGCGUUUAAUUGAUUUAACAACACCAGCAACUAGUCGAUUUAAUGAAAUAAAAAUGAAAGUACAAUUAGAAUUAUCAUCGAAUAUUGAUUGGAUUGAAAAAUUUAAUUCAUUUAUUUAUCAUUUACUUAAUCUUCAUGAACUUACUUCAUGGUUAACACAUUUUUUUCUACAUCGUACAAUAUUAAAAACUUAUUAUGAAUCAUGGGCAUUUGUCCUUGUUAAUGCGAAUAAUGAUUUAUUUGAAUCUAUUACAAAUCAAUUAGAAAAAUUAUCUCCAUUACCAUUUCGUUUAAAAUAUAAUAAUUUAACGAAUUCAAAAAUCUUAUUAACAAAUCAACGUUUAUCAACAUCGAUAAUACCAAGAAAAUUUAAUGUAAGAUCAUGGUUACGUGAUAGAAAAACUCAAGUUAAAAUUUCACCAAAAGAAACAACUUCAUCGAUAUUACCGAAUAUUUAUUUACGACGAAAAUUUCAUUCAAAUUCCAAUAUUAAAAUAACAUGA